AUGCACCCUGGAAUUCGCCGGCAAUCGGAGGGAUUUUCCAGGGCAAUGACCACGGGUAGGGCGCGGCAGGAGCGCAUGUCCUUUAUUCGACGAUUUCUUCAAUGGACAGAAUUAUUAGAUCCUACAAAUGUGUUCAUUUCAGUUGAAAGUAUAGAAAACUCGAGGCAACUAUUGUGCACAAAUGAAGAUGCUUCCAACCCCGCCUCGGAGGACCAAAGGAUACAAGAAGCUUGGAAGCGGAGUCUUGCCACAGUGCAUCCCGACAGCAGCAACCUGAUCCCCAAGCUUUUUCGACCUGCAGCGUUCCUGCCUUUCAUGGCGCCCACGGUAUUUUUGUCAAUGAUGCCACCAAAAGGGAUCAAGUCCGUGAUUUUACCUCAGGUUUUCCUCUAUACCUACAUGACAGCGUUCAACAGCAUCAAUGGAAACAGAAGUUAUAGAUGUUCCUUUGCUGGAACAAGACUCACCCCCAUGUUGGGUGUUCUUUACUUCUUUACAUCUACAGUGCAAGCCAGUGGAAUGAAUGUCUACAUGACCCGAAAUAUUGAAUCCAUUAAGGGGAUUGCGGUCAUGGACAAGGAAGGCAACGUCCUGGGCCAUUCCACAAUUGCUGGGACAAAGGCUGUUAGAGAAACGGCAGCAUCCAGGACAGUGCUGUUUGGGACCUCUGCUCUGAUUCCUGAAAUCUUCACCUACUUUUUUAAAAGGACCCAGUUUUUCCUGAAAAACCCAGGGUCAUUGUGGAUCCUGAAACUGUCUUGUACUUUCCUGACAAUGGGACUGAUGGUGCCAGUUUCUUUUAGUAUAUUUCCACAGAUUGGACAGAUACAGUGCCGUAGUCAUGAAGAGAAAAUUCAGCCUUCAACAGAAGAAACAGAAAUCUUUUAUCACAGAGGGGUGUAGGCAUGAGUUUCAGGUGAAUUUAUGUGCUUCCUGCUUGAAAACCUUCACCUCUCCAGGUUCGGUUUAGAGAACUCUGCCAGAGGUCUUCUGGGGACCCCAGAGGUGUCUGUGCUGACAAGGUGACCUAAAGUUCCACACUGAGAUCACUCCCAGGCUGGCAUGUCUGGGGUUUUUAAGGCUGGCUGGAGAAGACAGUGGGAGGGUGCCCCGUCUGACAUCCCUGGGGUUGCUAAGGAGAUGGUUGGAGUGGGGAUCGGCCUGCGAAAGGAUACUAUGAAAUCACUAAUUACCCUAAUAAACCUGUCUCAAGUUGAGUAUUUGAAGAAAGAA